AUGAACCGGGUAGGCGCCAUCAUCCUCGGUUUCAAGCAGGCUAACCUCUAUGCCAUCGUCGCCGGUGUUGGUGGUCUUUUGUACAAGAUUCCCGGGUACAAUCAUGCAUUUUCCCUCGAAGAUCCAUCGAUAUCCUACCCCCUCGUCGCGAAUACCAUCUCUAUCACAAUUGUCGGCAUAGUAGCUUGCGGCGUACCCGCUGUUGUCAUCUUUGUUCUUUGCCUCCUCAUUCCCUCCUCGACCAUACAAGCAUCAAGUCCGGGUCUUGGUCUGAGUCUGGCGGGGGCCUUUUUUAUCACUUCUGGUCUCAAGGACGUAGUUGAAAAACCUCGUCCUGACUUUCUUGCUCGCUGCGACCAGGAUCUCUCCAACGUUGCUGCGUACAUGGUUGGCGGUCUUGGCCUAGAAGAGGCAUCUGCGCCUAUCCUCGUCAACAUUAGCACCUGCCAAAAUACGGAUCUCACUGGUUUACUUUACUUAUCCCUCUGGCUUAGCAUCAAGUUUGCCGUUACAUUUCCCGUUCCAUUCCGCGUCACUUCCUCGAGAGAACCGGGGGAGGAGAAUGCCGACAUCGUUUCAAAUAUCGACCAGACACCAUUCCGCUCCGCGGCAGCAGCGCCGCCACUUUACCUGCUUUUGCUCGUCUUCGCCCCGGUCGUCGUGGCCCUUUUCAUCUGCGCGACUCGUUAUGCUGACUAUAUGCAUGCUGGCUGGGACAUACUGGGUGGCAGCCUUAUUGGCAUCUUUUUCGCCUGGGCUGGGUUCAGAAUGUACCAAGUUCCACCUCGCGGAGGAGAAUUUCAGGGAUAUGCUGGAUGGGCGUGGGCACCGCGGUCGGCGCGCGGAGCCUUUGGGGUGCGAUUUUGGGAGCCCAAUUUUGGGAGAAAUGGGGAUUCUAUAAGGAAGGUGCAGACAUAA